AUGUCUCAAGUGGCAUGUCAGGAAUCUAAUGUUCAAUGUGAACACGAUGAGCCUGCUCCUAUUCGUUACACAUAUCAUCAGCUUGCAGAAGUUAGCAUUGGUAGCAUCAUUUCUGUGGUCUUGUCAUUUUCUGAUCCCCCUGAUUUCAGUCGACAUCCUUCUCAGGAGCUUCAAGACGGACUUCUAAUAUUUUAUCAAAACUACCAGCACAUUCUGGCUUUAGUGUUUGCUAUCAAGGAGAUCAAUGAAAAUCCUCAGAUCUUACCUAAUGUCACAUUGGGCUUUCACAUCUAUAAUAGCCAUUUUAGUCCAGGUUGGACUUACCUUGCUUCCAUGAGGCUUCCCUUCACCCAGGACAGAUUCAUUCCUAACUACAAAUGUGGGGUCCCCCAAAAUUUGGCUGCUGUCCUUACGGGACCUGACAUCUGUCUCCAUGGGGCAACUGUUCUGAACAUCUACAAGGUUCCUCAGCUGACCUAUGGCUCUGCUCCACUCAUGGAUAAAGAGACUCAAGCAGUUUACUUCCAACAAAUGUUUCCAGAGGAAACCCACCAACGUAGGGGCCUCCUCCAGUUACUGCUGUAUUUUAGCUGGAUCUGGAUCGGAGUUCUUCUUGUGAAUGAUGACAAAGGAGAGAAAUUUGUACAGGAGGUGCUCCCUACAUUUUCCCAGCAUGGCAUCUGCUUUGAUUUCAUACAAAAGUUCCCUAAGGUAGAUUUUUACGUUGAUUUUAAUGAUCAAAUAGGUGAAGGACUCCAUAUAUAUCACGUUCUCAUGAACAGCACAGCCAAUGUCGUAGUCUUAAGUGGUGAAACGGAGUCUUUAUCACUUCUGAGAACGUAUCUCCAAAUGGCAGAAGUGGAGGAUAUACCAAAAAAGACAAAAAUCUGGGUUACAACAGCUCAGACAGAUUACACUUCGAUUUCCUUUCAUAGAUCAUGGGAUAUCCAUUUCCUGCAAGGUGCAUUAUCCUUUGCAGUUCACACAAAGGAGAUUGAAGACUUUCCGAAGUUUCUCGAAAGCAUAAGUCCUAUCAGCAACCAGCAUGAUUAUUUUAGGAAAGAUUUCUGGGAACAGGCAUUCAACUGUUUCUUCACCGAUUCUGAAAGAGAGAAGUCUGAGAACGAAUGUACUGGACAGGAGAGGCUUGAGAUCCUUCCCACAUCUGUGUUUGAAACACGCAUGAGUGGCCAGAGCUAUAAUAUUUACAAUGCAGUUCAUGCUGUAGCACAUGCUUUGCAAUCUCUGUAUUUAUCAAAGUCCAGGCAAAGAAUAUUAGUGAAAGGAAGAAGGCAGAAGUUUCCGAAUCAAGUGUUAUGGCAGCUCCAUUCCUUUCUAAGAAGUGUCUCAUUCAACAACAAUGUUGGUGAAAAGAUCACUUUUGACAAAAAUGGACAGUUCAUUGGCGGAUUUGAUAUUAUCAACUGGAUCACAUUCCCAAACCAGUCCUUUAUUAGGGUCAAAGUUGGAAGAAUAGAUCCCACAGCUCCACCUGACAAAUUCUUCAAUGUCUCUGUGGAUUCCAUCACGUGGCCAGUAGGAUUUCCUCAGGCACCACCUUGUUCUUUAUGUAAUGAUCCUUGUAAGGCAGGAUACAGCAAGGUCAAGAAAGAAGAGGAGUCAUUUUGCUGCUAUGAUUGUCAACCAUGUCCAGAGAGGAAAAUAUCAAAGGAGAAGGACAUGGAUGACUGUUCUCUGUGCCCAGAUGAUCAUUAUCCAAACCCUGACAAAAAUAUAUGCCUUCCAAAACAGAUUAGCUUUUUAUCCUAUGAAGAACCUGUGGGGAUCAGUCUUACUGUCCUUUCUCUUUGUUUUUGUUUUAAGACAAUUUUGGUGCUUAAAAUUUUCAUUAAACACAGAGAUACUCCCAUUGUCAAAGCCAACAACCGGAAUCUCACCUACAUUCUCCUUGUUUCUCUCCUCCUCUCUUUCCUUUGUGUGUUUCUGUUUAUUGGGAGACCCAGCAAAAUUUUGUGUCUUCUGCGUCAACCAGCUUUUGGGCUCAUCUUCUCUGUGGCAGUUUCUUGUGUAUUGUCCAAAACCUUUGUAGUGGUUCUAGCAUUUAUGGCCACCAAACCUGGCUCCAAAAUGAGGAAAUGGGUGGGUGGACGAAUGGUCACUUUUAUUCUUUUUUCUUGCUCCCUUGUUCAAACCACUAUUUGCACCAUAUGGUUGACAUUUUUUCCACCAUACCCAGAUUUUGAUGUGCACUCCAUGUCUGAAGAAGUCAUCCUGGCUUGCAAUGAGGAAUCGAUCAUGUUCUACUGUGUUUUGGGCUUUAUGGGUUUUCUUGCUCUGGUUAGCUUCUCUGCUGCUUUUUUAGCUAGGAAGCUACCUGAUAGUUUCAAUGAAGCCAAAUUCAUCACCUUCAGCAUGUUGGUCUUUUGCAGUGUUUGGCUUUGCUUUGUUCCAACUUAUUUAAGCACGAAGGGGAAAUAUAUGUUAGCUGUGGAGAUCUUCUCUAUGAUCUCUUCAAGUGCUGGAUUAUUGGUGUGCAUCUUUCUUCCCAAGUGUUUUAUCAUUCUACUGCGGACCACAACAUAUGAGAACCUGGAGAAGUACCAGGACCUGAAGAGGGAAUUAGAAAGCACAAUGAAAUUAAAGGUCAAAAUGGUUUGGUGGUGA